ACCCCAGCCUCCUCUUUGCCUCCAAAUUGCUGCAAUCAAUACUGGAAUCAGUUCAUUUGUGGAAUUAUUAAUAAUCAUUUGAUCUUUUUGUCAGAAUCGCCACCUUUUUCAUUAUUCCCCCACGAAACCAAAUUCUUUAGUUUUUUUCCAUUGCUUCUAUCUUUUUUUUGGUAGAAGUAAACCAAAUUUUCCCCUUUGCUAUAUAAACCCCCCACCCCAAAACCAGAACCCGACAGAACAAAAUCAAAGCUUUACCAAGACCCAACAAAGAGAAUAAAAAAUAAAAAAAUGGGUUCUCUCCAGCUUUUUCACAGCUUCUCAGUUUCAGUUUCCCCGGCGACCAAUCUCCGCCGUCCGUUGAACAAAGGGAGAGUGAGUGCAUGUCUAAACGUGGACGUGGAAGCACCAAAUCCGUUGAAAAUGAAGUCGGGUGGAAGCAAGGAAGUGAUAGAGGAAGAAGGGAAGGUUCUUGUUGGGACGUAUGCAAGAGCUCCGGUGGUACUGUCCCGUGGCAAAGGCUGUAAAUUGUACGAUCCUGAAGGGCGAGAGUUUCUUGAUUGUGCAGCUGGGAUUGCUGUCAAUGCGCUUGGUCAUGGGGAUCCUGAUUGGGUCAGGGCGGUUACAGAGCAAGCUAAUGUGCUUGGUCAUGUUAGUAAUGCCUACUAUUCCAUUCCUCAGGUGGAGCUUGCAAAACGUCUUGUGGCUAAUUCUUUUGCUGAUCGUGUAUUUUUCUCAAACUCUGGAACGGAGGCGAAUGAGGCUGCUAUUAAGUUUUCCAGGAAGUUUCAAAGAUUUACACAUCCUGAUGAUGCACAGCCUGCCACUGGUUUUAUCUCUUUUACUAAUAGCUUCCAUGGUAGGACCUUGGGAGCCCUUGCUUUGACAAGUAAAGAACAUUAUCGUUCACCAUUUGAGCCUGUUAUGCCCGGAGUUACUUUCCUGGAGUAUGGCAAUAUACAAACUGCGAAAGAUCUUAUCCAGCAGAGAAAAAUUGCUGCUGUAUUUGUUGAACCCAUUCAGGGCGAAGGUGGAAUAUACAGUGCAAAAAAGGAAUUCCUGCAAGCUUUGCGAAAGGCAUGUGAUGAUGCUGGGUGCCUCCUGGUUUUUGAUGAGGUUCAAUGUGGAUUGGGUCGAACUGGUUAUCUCUGGGCACAUGAAGAAUACGGUGUAUACCCAGAUAUAAUGACACUUGCCAAGCCUCUUGCGGGAGGUCUUCCAAUAGGUGCUACUUUAGUAACAGAAAGAGUUGCUUCUGCUGUAGCCCAUGGAGACCACGGAAGUACUUUUGCUGGUUCACCUCUUGUUUGUAGUGCUGCUAUUGCUGUUUUAGAUAAAAUUGCAAAUCCCAGUUUCUUGUCCAGCGUCUCAAAGAAAGGUCAUUACUUCAAAGAAUUGUUGAUCAAAAAGCUUGGAGGAAAUGCACACGUGAAAGAAGUGCGAGGUUUGGGUCUUCUAAUUGGAAUAGAGCUAGAUGCAUCAGCUUCACCCCUUGUAGAUGCCUGUCGAAAUUCUGGGCUUAUAGUAUUAACCGCAGGGCAAGGAAAUGUUGUGAGAUUGGUGCCACCAUUGAUCAUCUCAGAGAAAGAAUUGGAGCAUGCAGCUGAUAUUCUAGAUGAAUGUUUACCAGCACUUGAUAGUAACUGAGAACUGGAGAAUUGGUGACAACAGUUGGUCCUAAAUGAGACAUGUAGAAUGUUUAAUUAUGAAAUUUGCAGCUGUAAUGUUGAACUAAUAGAACAAUCAAAAUCCCAUAAUUAUUCUAAAAUUUAUGUCAACCCCCAUUUGUAUUGUCUUGUCUAUUUUAGUAUUCAAAUAGGCUUGCUUCUUCUUC